AUGUCCAAGACCUUCUCAUCCGCCGAUGUGGCCACACACAACAAGGCCAAUAACCUCUACGUCAUUGUAGACGAAGAUGUAUACGAUUUGACGACGUUUCAAGACGAACAUCCAGGUGGAAAAAAGAUCCUCCAGCGGGUCGCAGGCAAAGAUGCUUCGAAGCAAUUCUGGAAAUACCACAAUGAAUCCAUCCUCAAAAAGUACAAGGCCAAGCUGCUGGUUGGCUCCUUAGACUCGAAGAAGGCUGCAGCACCACCAACUCCUCCAGCUACACCUCCCCCACAGGAGAAGAAACAAAAGGUGGUGCCGCAAGCCGAGUCCGGUACCGUUGCUCCUGCACCUGGUCCUGCUGCCCAAGAGGAGGCCGAAGCCCUGGAUGCAUAUGGUUCACUCAUUCCAUUCGCCGACCCAAACUGGUAUCAAGGUUACCACUCGCCCUACUUCAACGAGACACACGCGGCUCUACGGGCUGAAGUACGGGAAUGGGUCGAGACCGAGAUCGAGCCUUACGUCACCGAGUGGGACGAGGGAAAGAACGUGCCGGAAAAGAUCUACAAACAAAUGGGUGAACGAGGCUAUCUCGCAGGCUUGCUGGGUGUCGAAUAUCCCAAACAUCUAGUCAAGAAUGCCGUCAAGAGCGUGCCCGCUGACAAAUGGGAUCUCUUCCACGAGCUGUUGAUUACCGACGAGAUCUCUCGCUGUGGCUCUGGAGGUCUCGUCUGGAAUUUAAUCGGUGGUUACGGUAUCGGCUGCCCUCCUCUGGUGAAAUAUGGAAACAAGAAGCUCGUGGAGCGGAUUCUUCCCGAUAUCUUGUCUGGUGACAAGCGGAUAUGUCUGGCCAUCACUGAGCCCGAUGCCGGUUCAGAUGUUGCCAAUCUGACUUGUGAAGCCAAGCUCAGCGAGGAUGGAAAGCAUUAUAUCGUGAACGGCGAAAAGAAGUGGAUCACCAACGGUAUCUGGAGUGACUACUUCACCACAGCCGUGCGGACAGGUGGCCCAGGAAUGGGUGGCAUCAGUUUGCUCUUGAUCGAGCGAAGUGAAGGUGUUAGCACCAGGCGCAUGGACUGCCAGGGUGUCUGGAGCAGUGGUACCACUUACAUCACAUUCGAAGACGUCAAGGUGCCUGUUGAGAACGUUCUCGGAAAGCCCAACAAAGGUUUCCAAGUCAUCAUGACCAACUUCAACCAUGAGCGCAUUGGAAUCAUCAUCCAAUGUACUCGCUUUUCACGCGUCUGCUACGAAGAGUCGGUCAAAUAUGCAUCCAAGAGAAAGACAUUCGGCAAGAAAUUGAUCGACCAUCCCGUCAUAAGGAUGAAGUUGGCACACAUGGCACGCCAAAUCGAGGCCACUUCGGCAUGGCUAGAGAACGUCGUCUACCAAUGUCAGAAGAUGAACGACACGGAAGCGAUGUUAAGGCUUGGAGGUGCGAUUGCCGGCCUCAAGGCGCAGGCCACUACGACCUUUGAGUUCUGCACCAAAGAGGCGGCGCAGAUCUUCGGUGGUCUGGCUUACUCGAGAGGUGGCCAGGGCGCAAAGGUCGAACGACUGUAUCGUGAUACUCUGGCGUACAAGAUUCCUGGGGGUAGCGAGGAAAUCAUGCUGGAUCUCAGUAUUCGUCAGAGUUUGAAGGUGCAUAAGGCUUUGGGUAUGAAGCUGUAA